GUACAUUGAUUCUCUGAGACAGCGGACGUUCAGUGAUGGGAUCCAAGUGAGAGAGCGGUGGCCAGCAAUCACUCUCCAGGCAGUAAGCUGGUUAUGUCAGAUGUGGAGGAUGAGUUCUUGCUCAGAGAUCUGUGGGUCGGAGCAUGCUGAGCAAGUGCACAGUACUGCCGAGAGCAACUGUCGGCGCUAUGGGGUUCGAUCGUACUUGCAUCAGUUCUACGAGAACUGCACCGCUUCAAUCUGGGAGUAUGAUGAAGAUUUUCAGAUUCAGAGAUCACCAAGCAGGUGGAGCUCUGUUCUCUGGAAGGUCGGACUCAUAACCGGUUCUGUCAUUCUGCUAGUUGGCUUGAUAGUAAUUGCAGUUGGCUACACUGUCCCAUCAAAAAUUGAAGCAUUUGGGGAAGAUGAAUUGCUUUUUGUGGAUGACCAUGCAAUACAGUUUAACAGAGCUCUCGACAUCUGCAAGCUAGCUGGCGCCAUUUUGUUUUGCAUUGGAGGAACGAUGAUGGCAUCAUGUCUGCUGAUGUCUGCUUUUGUCAAGAAUUAUUCGAAAGAGGAGAGAUACCUGCAGCAGAAAUCCAAAAAGAGAAUAGCGGAAUUGCAAGCUUCUGCCCAUCCAAUUACAAAGGUUCCGACUCCUGGAGAGUGUAAAAUACCUGUUACUCUGUCAAAAGUGCAAAAUGUUCAACCCUCUUCUGAAACCUGAUAUUAAAUGUUCACAUUAGCCAUGCAUCUGUUCACUAAACAUCAGCUCCCUUGAUGAAGCAGAAAAUUACACAUGCACUUGCAUAAAAAUAAAAAACAUAAUCUUAAAAAAAACAUAGUCAAAUAAAUAAAUGCAGAAUUAUAGUAUGGGCCAUUUGUGUGGGUUUUUUUUUUACCCCACUGAGACCCUUUGCUUAAGUCACUCCUUGUUUCACAGUGCCCUGGUACGUAAACUAUUAUCCAUUGAUUGGACUGAGUUGAGGGUGGUGUAUUUGAUGCAUAUGUUUUUGUCCCACUCAUAAUCUUGCUUUCCUUGAAGAGAAGUCUUGGUAGCCAUCACUGUAGAAACCAAUUUAUGGUGGAUAAAUUACAGAACACAUAUCCCACCCACCUAGUUGUUCUCAAUGGGAAAUUAAUAAUAUUUGGGAUACCACAGCACUUAAUGGGACACUUACUAUAAUUAGUGCCACAUAUUUGACAAGAAUGUGUGAAAAACAAGUAGCCUGAGUGGGGUAAAUCAAAGAACAAAUGUCUCAAACCAGUCAUUCUGCAUUUAUUACUCCCACAACAUAUCGUGUUUCCCUGCUAUUUGUGUAAAAAAUGAAAUGCUUGUUGAACGGGCAGCAGUGUGGAGUAGAGGUUAGGGCUCUGGACUCUUGACCAGAGGGUUGUGGGUUCAAUCCCCAGUGGGGGGACACUGCUGUUGUACCCUUGAGCAAGGUACUUUACCUACAUUGCUCCAGUAAAAACCCAACUGUAUAAAUGGGUAAUUGUAUGUAAAAAUAAUUAAAUAAUGUGAUAUCUGUAUAAUGUGAUAUCUUGUAACAAUUGUAAGUCGCCCUGGAUAAGGGCGUCUGCUAAGAAAUAAAUAAUAAUAAUAAUGGAAUUAUGGGGUGAAUGGGAGCAAUGACCAUUUUGCCAGAUAAGUCCAAAUCUCUGCCUUUCAAUAAAGAAACAAUGUAUGAGUAAACCAGUUAACUUUGCUAUCUUUUAAAGUGGCAUUGUGCAGUAUGAGGUUUUACUACAUGAAACCGUUCUCUGAUGAGAACUAUUUCUGCCUAUCAGUGCUCCAUUAUCAACACAAUUAAACACAGGCAGGCAUGGGGUAUGUGGAUUGAAUGUAAGGUUUCAAUUGUUAAUAAAACCACACAGUACUCCCCAUCAAAGCAACUUUCCAACACUGAUCUUUUCAUGCUUUUUUUUUUUACUGAUUAUGUUAAAAUAUUUAAUAACAUCAAGCAAAUUUUAAACCACCCUUUGUCAUUUGUAUGGUGCUGUAUACAGAAAUUGAGCAUGGCAUUUUCUCCCUGUGGUAUCUUCUGAUUGGCUAGGUGGAAUUAAGCUCAUUAAUUAUUUCAAUAUUACAACAUAUGUUUAUGCUAAUUGUUUAAAUGACAUCUAUGGGUUUCCUGGGUGACAUGCAGGUCAUACUGUGGCAGCAGGCAGAAUUAAAACAAUAUACAAAUAUUAAAUGUUGUUGAAAAUGAUAGUGAAAUACUGUAACUGACAGUGGGUUAUAAUCCCAAUGUUAUUGUUCACAGCUCUUAACCUUUCUCAUUAUUUAUUUAUUUCUUAGCAUCAAAGGCAUGAUAGUUUUCUAAAGUCUGAAUAUUUUAUAUAUUUCUGAUAUUUCUUCAGUCAUUUCUCUUGCCUAUAUAAUUUGCAGUGAAUAAUUUAUUUUAUGAGGCUUGUGGAAGUAGUUUUUUUUUUCAUAGAACACUGCUGGAGGAGUAACUAAAGGAUUUUUACUGACAUCUUUAAUGAGCUUCUUUUCCUGUUAAUUAUAGAGUAACCAUAAGGAGAAAACAUUAUUUUCUAAAAAGAAAAUUGCUUUUAUAAAAUCUGUUUAACAGACAUGUAACUAUUCAUUUUCUUGAAUUGUGGAGUACACACAACAAUGCUGGUACAAGAAAUUACAUUUUCUGCUGUGCAAUCCUGUUGGAUGACCUUCAGUUAUAUUUUUAUAUUAGUUACAGAGUUUUCCAUGUGUGGGGUGUGCUAAUUGAAUAUGCCUUUUUCUUAGCAGUGUAUAAAUGUAAUUUUUCUUGAAGAAUAUUCAAUGAUGGUUCCUUGUGCAGUCAUAUUUUUGUAAGUAAUGUGAAAGGAACUAAGUUCAUGAAGCCAAGAUGUAUUCUUCUCCUAAAUGAAAUUAAACCUUAAAUGUAUUCUAAUAUAGAUUCUCAGAUAAUCAGAUUAUUUUAAUUUACAGUUGUGACUGAAGAUCAUUUUGUCUAUUUUUGAAGGGAUUUAGUAAAGAAAUAAAGAUCAGGACAAAG